AUGUCGGAAAUCAAGAAGGUCUUCACCGCCAAUGCGUGCCCGCCUGCUGGACCUUAUAGCCAAGCCAUCAUUGCCGGCCCACAGGUCUUCGUCUCGGGCCAAAUCCCCGCGAACAACAAAGGCGAGUUGAUUGAGGGCAGCAUCGCAGACAAGACAAAGCAGUGCUGCGAGAACAUUGUUGGCAUCCUCACCGAGGUGGGCGUCGGCAUGGAAAGGGUCGUCAAGGUCAACGUUUUCCUCGACGAUAUGGCCCACUUCGCCGAGAUGAACGGCAUCUUUGAGAAGUACUUCGCGCACAAACCUGCGCGGAGCUGUGUCGCCGUCAAGCAGCUGCCCAAGGGUGUGCCCGUUGAGAUUGAGUGCAUUGCGUAUACUGGUAUGCAUGCAAAGCUCUGA